CCACCAAAGUUCUUGGCACAGUCAAGUGGUUCAAUGUCAGAAAUGGAUAUGGCUUUAUCAACAGAAAUGAUACCAAAGAAGACGUGUUUGUUCAUCAGACAGCGAUAAAGAAAAACAACCCCCGGAAAUACCUGCGCAGUGUUGGCGAUGGAGAGACCGUAGAAUUUGAUGUGGUUGAGGGAGAGAAGGGUGCAGAAGCAGCUAAUGUCACUGGUCCCGAUGGAGUCCCUGUCGAAGGCAGUCGCUAUGCUGCAGACCGGCGCCGCUAUCGACGUGGCUAUUUCGGCCGACGCCGUGGACCACCUCGAAGCGGUGGCGAGGGAGAAAUCAAGGAUGGGACCACAGAAGGAGGACAACUUCAACAAGUGCACAGGAAUCCUACCUACCGUCCCCGCUACCGCAGAGGGCCCCCUCGUCCACGCCCUGCCCCAGCGACUGGAGAGGCUGAAAACAAAGAGAACCAUCACGAGGCCAAUGCUAUGAGUCAGCAGCCAAUUCGCCGUGGGUACCGGCGCCCGUACAACUAUCGGCGUCGACCCCGUCCACCCAAUGCUCCAGCUCAGGAUGGCAAAGAGACAAAGGUAACUGAAACACCUGCUGAUGCUCCUGCUCCGGUGGCAGAGCAGAGUGGUGCUGAGUAAUGUCCGGCUCCCCAGGCACCUUUACCACCCCUCAGGUGUCCUAAAAGUAACACCAAAGAAACACACAAGCAAUAAAUUGUCAACAGUGAUGACGAAAGCAAAGAUUUGAAAUACUGUAAUGUAAAAGAAAACAAAACUUACCAGCAGCUGAGUUCCAGGGAACGCCUACAAGAUAAAUGCAUGAAGAGAGAAAAAGAGAGCGAGAUUGAGAAAGAACAACCUCCCUAGUUUAAACAGCAACUGUGGGGCUUUUGUUUUUUGGGUUUUUUUGGUGGUUUUUUUUUCUGGAAUUUCACUGUUUUGCUAGUAUUGAAUUUUUCAAUUUUUCUUUUGGUAUCAAACUGAAAAGGGAAAAAAAAAGCAACCAAAGAACUGAAAAUUAAAUCAAAUGCUUUUUUUAUUGGAUGCUGGUGCUAAACCUCCCAAGUGUGAUGAGUUUUUUUUUUUCUGUGCCAGUCCUGUUCACUGCAGGACAUGGGGAGGAGAAACUUCCGCUUUCCUUGUUAAGAUCAUUUUGAAACUGCAGCAUGGGUGACGUUCCUCACAAAUAAAAGUGAUUACAACUACC